UCCUUCUGCUCCUUUACCGUCAGCGUGCAAGGCAGACAUCGCAGCCAUGACCACCCACGUCACUUUGGAAGAUGCCCUGUCCAAUGUGGACCUGCUGGAGGAACUGCCCCUCCCAGACCAGCAGCCAUGCAUCGAGCCGCCGCCAUCCUCCAUCAUGUACCAGGCUAACUUUGACACAAACUUCGAGGACAGGAAUGCAUUUGUCACGGGCAUUGCAAGGUACAUUGAGCAGGCAACGGUCCACUCCAGCAUGAAUGAGAUGUUGGAGGAGGGACACGACUAUGCGGUCAUGCUGUACACCUGGCGCAGCUGCUCCCGGGCCAUCCCGCAGGUGAAAUGCAAUGAACAGCCCAACCGGGUAGAGAUCUACGAGAAGACGGUGGAGGUGCUGGAGCCAGAGGUCACCAAGCUCAUGAAGUUCAUGUACUUUCAGCGCAAGGCCAUCGAGCGCUUCUGUAGUGAGGUGAAAAGGCUGUGUCAUGCUGAACGCAGGAAGGACUUUGUCUCCGAGGCCUACCUGCUGACCCUGGGCAAGUUCAUCAACAUGUUUGCAGUCUUGGAUGAGCUAAAGAACAUGAAGUGCAGCGUCAAGAAUGACCACUCUGCCUACAAGAGAGCGGCCCAGUUCCUGAGGAAGAUGGCAGACCCCCAGUCCAUCCAGGAAUCUCAGAACCUGUCCAUGUUCCUGGCCAAUCACAACAGGAUCACUCAGUGUCUUCACCAGCAACUGGAAGUGAUCCCAGGCUAUGAGGAACUGCUGGCAGACAUUGUCAACAUCUGUGUUGAUUACUAUGAGAAUAAGAUGUACCUGACACCCAGUGAGAAACACAUGCUCCUCAAGGUGAUGGGCUUUGGCCUCUACCUGAUGGAUGGAAAUGUCAGUAACAUUUACAAGCUGGAUGCCAAGAAGAGAAUCAACCUGAGCAAAAUUGAUAAGUUUUUUAAGCAGCUGCAGGUGGUACCCCUUUUCGGCGACAUGCAGAUAGAGCUGGCCAGAUACAUUAAGACCAGUGCUCACUAUGAAGAGAACAAGUCCAAGUGGACUUGCACGCAGAGCAGCAUCAGCCCCCAGUACAACAUCUGCGAGCAGAUGGUUCAGAUCCGGGAUGACCAUAUCCGCUUCAUCUCUGAGCUGGCUCGCUACAGCAACAGUGAGGUGGUGACAGGCUCAGGCCUGGACAGCCAGAAGUCGGAUGAAGAGUACCGGGAGCUUUUUGACUUGGCCUUGAGAGGCCUGCAACUUCUAUCCAAGUGGAGCGCCCAUGUCAUGGAGGUGUACUCCUGGAAGCUGGUCCACCCCACAGACAAAUUCUGCAACAAGGACUGCCCGGGCACAGCGGAAGAGUAUGAGAGAGCCACGCGCUACAAUUACACCAGCGAGGAGAAGUUUGCCUUUGUGGAGGUGAUUGCCAUGAUUAAGGGUCUGCAGGUGCUCAUGGGCAGGAUGGAGAGUGUCUUCAACCAGGCCAUCCGCAACACUAUCUACGCAGCCCUGCAGGAUUUCGCCCAGGUGACGCUGCGGGAGCCGCUGAGGCAAGCUGUGCGCAAGAAAAAGAAUGUCCUCAUCAGUGUCCUGCAGGCAAUUCGCAAGACGAUCUGUGACUGGGAGGGAGGCCGAGAACCCCCCAAUGACCCAUGCUUAAGAGGGGAGAAAGACCCCAAAGGUGGCUUUGACAUCAAGGUGCCCCGACGUGCUGUGGGGCCAUCUAGCACACAGGCCUGCCAGUGGUCCCCGAGGGCUUUGUUUCACCCCACUGGUGGCACACAGGGCCGAAGAGGCUGCCGAUCCCUGCUAUACAUGGUGCGCACCAUGCUCGAGUCGCUCAUCGCAGACAAGAGCGGCUCCAAGAAGACGCUCCGAAGCAGCCUCGAUGGCCCCAUCGUCCUUGCCAUAGAGGACUUCCACAAGCAAUCCUUCUUCUUCACACACUUGCUCAACAUCAGCGAAGCCCUUCAGCAGUGCUGUGACCUCUCCCAGCUCUGGUUCCGAGAAUUCUUCCUGGAGUUAACCAUGGGCCGGCGAAUCCAGUUCCCCAUUGAGAUGUCUAUGCCCUGGAUUCUAACAGACCAUAUCCUGGAAACCAAAGAACCUUCCAUGAUGGAGUACGUCCUCUACCCCUUGGACCUGUACAACGACAGCGCCUACUAUGCCCUCACUAAGUUCAAAAAGCAGUUCCUGUACGACGAGAUCGAAGCCGAGGUGAACCUAUGCUUUGAUCAGUUUGUCUACAAACUGGCGGACCAGAUCUUUGCCUACUACAAAGCCAUGGCCGGCAGUGUCCUGUUGGAUAAACGUUUUCGAGCUGAAUGUAAGAAUUAUGGAGUGAUCAUUCCUUACCCACCAUCCAACCGCUAUGAGACGCUGCUAAAACAGAGACAUGUCCAGCUGCUGGGUAGAUCAAUUGACUUGAACAGACUCAUCACGCAGCGGAUUUCUGCUGCCAUGUACAAAUCCUUGGACCAGGCAAUCAGCCGCUUUGAGAGCGAAGACCUGACUUCCAUUGUGGAGCUAGAGUGGCUGCUGGAGAUUAACCGGCUCACACACCGACUCCUCUGUAAGCACAUGACACUAGACAGCUUUGACGCCAUGUUCCGAGAAGCCAAUCAUAACGUGUCUGCCCCCUAUGGCCGCAUCACCCUGCAUGUCUUCUGGGAGCUGAACUUUGACUUCCUGCCCAACUAUUGCUACAACGGAUCCACAAACCGUUUUGUCCGAACUGCCAUCCCUUUCACCCAGGAGCCACAACGAGAUAAGCCCGCCAACGUCCAGCCUUAUUACCUGUAUGGAUCCAAGCCUCUCAACAUCGCCUACAGCCACAUCUAUAGCUCCUACAGGAACUUUGUGGGCCCCCCUCACUUCAAGACCAUCUGCAGACUGCUGGGCUACCAAGGCAUUGCCGUAGUCAUGGAGGAACUACUGAAAAUUGUCAAGAGCUUGCUCCAAGGCACCAUCCUGCAGUACGUGAAGACGCUGAUAGAAGUGAUGCCUAAGAUAUGCCGUUUGCCUCGGCACGAGUAUGGCUCCCCAGGGAUCUUGGAGUUCUUCCAUCAUCAGCUGAAGGACAUCAUUGAGUACGCAGAACUCAAGACAGACGUGUUCCAGAGCCUCAGAGAGGUGGGCAACGCCAUCCUCUUCUGCCUCCUCAUAGAGCAAGCUCUGUCUCAGGAGGAAGUCUGCGAUCUGCUCCAUGCUGCACCCUUCCAAAACAUCCUGCCCCGAGUCUACAUCAAAGAGGGGGAGCGCCUGGAAGUCCGAAUGAAGCGCCUGGAAGCCAAAUACGCCCCACUUCACCUGGUCCCCCUGAUAGAGCGGCUGGGGACACCUCAGCAAAUCGCCAUCGCUCGGGAGGGUGACCUGCUGACCAAGGAGCGACUCUGCUGUGGCCUGUCCAUGUUCGAGGUCAUCCUGACCCGAAUUCGGAGCUACCUGCAGGACCCUAUCUGGAGGGGCCCGCCACCUACCAAUGGCGUCAUGCAUGUGGAUGAGUGUGUUGAGUUCCACCGGCUGUGGAGCGCCAUGCAGUUUGUCUACUGUAUCCCGGUGGGGACCAACGAGUUCACGGCUGAGCAGUGCUUUGGUGACGGCUUGAACUGGGCUGGCUGCUCCAUCAUCGUCUUGCUGGGCCAGCAGCGGCGCUUUGACCUGUUUGAUUUCUGCUACCAUCUGCUGAAGGUGCAGAGGCAGGACGGGAAGGAUGAAAUCAUCAAGAACGUGCCCCUGAAGAAGAUGGCUGACCGCAUCAGGAAGUACCAGAUCUUGAACAAUGAGGUUUUUGCCAUCCUGAACAAAUACAUGAAGUCCGUGGAGACAGACAGCUCCACCGUGGAGCACGUGCGCUGCUUCCAGCCCCCGAUCCACCAGUCACUGGCCACCACCUGCUAGGCAGAAAGUCCUGCAGACCUUCAACCUAGAGGAGGAGGAGGAGGAGGAGCAGGACUGAGAACACAGUGGUCAGCCUACAGCAGGUCCAGCUGACACUGUAUGGGACUUGCCUGGACAGAAAAGAAACCUUCCCCCAAUACAUCAGCACACUCUCAUGGGCUGGGCUCCUGCAUGUUCUCCCAUGAUACCUCCAUGGUAGGUUUUCCAUAGUGUAAGUGAGAAACAACAGAAACACAGGACAGUGUGUGCUCUUCUUCUUCUUC